GUGGAAGAGUUAAUUAUAGGAAACUUGACGAUCCCUGAAGCUGAAACACCGUUUGUUCCUCCUCCUUCUCCGCCGCUCCAUGAGAGAUGAAAUUAGUAGUCUCAGACAAGAAGCUUCGUCCACAUCCAUCUUAACACCAUUCAAGCUCUCGCUCCCUAUGUGAUCUUUCUUGAGCUAUAUCUCUGUGUGUGAUUUCUCUUUCUUAAUGGCAAUGCCGGAGAAGAACGGUUCCACGAUGGGGUACGUAGCCCGAAACUUCCUUCUUUGCCUAUUCAUCUUCACAACGAUCCUCUUCGCUCUCUCUUGCUACUUUGUCUUGCGCUCCACUGCUCACAACCGCUUCCUUAGCUCCACAUUUCAGUCCAAAUCAUUCGUUCACGAUCCCAGCGUAAAGAAAGAUGAUUGUAGUAGAUGCGUUAAGGAUGAGACAGGUAGCCCUCCUCCUCUUAAGGUAUACAUGUACGACAUGGAUCCCGAGUUUCAUUUCGGUUUGUUAAAUUGGAAACCUGAAGGAGGAAGAGGAGGGAGUGUAUGGCCUGAUGUUCACAAGUACAUACCUCCCUACCCUGGAGGAUUGAAUUUGCAACACAGCAUUGAGUAUUGGCUCACGUUGGAUCUUCUUGCAUCCGAGUAUCCAAACGGUGGUUCUAGAGGUAUUGCUGCCAAAAGGGUUUACAACUCUACUGAAGCUGAUGUCAUCUUUGUUCCCUUUUUCUCGUCCUUGAGUUAUAAUCGGUUCUCGAAAGUGAAUCCCCAUCAGAAAACUAGCAGGAACAAGGAUUUGCAAGGGAAGCUUGUUGCUUUCUUGACUGCUCAAGAGGAGUGGAAGAGAUCAGGUGGUAGAGACCAUGUGGUUCUUGCUCAUCAUCCCAAUAGCAUGUUGGAUGCGAGAAACAAGCUCUUUCCUGCUAUCUUUAUACUCUCUGACUUUGGAAGGUAUCCUCCUACUGUUGCCAACGUUGAGAAAGAUGUCAUUGCGCCUUAUAAGCAUGUCAUCAAAACAUAUGAAAACGAUUCUUCUGGUUUCGAUACCAGACCCAUUCUGCUCUACUUUCAGGGUGCCAUCUACAGGAAAGAUGGUGGGUUUGUGCGUCAGGAGUUAUUCUACCUCUUGCAAGAUGAGAAAGAUGUGCAUUUCUCGUUUGGGAGCGUGAGAAACGGAGGCAUAAACAAAGCAAGCCAAGGAAUGCACAACUCCAAGUUUUGCCUCAACAUUGCAGGAGACACUCCUUCAUCAAACCGGCUCUUUGACGCCAUUGCAAGCCACUGCGUGCCUGUCAUUAUCAGUGACGACAUUGAGCUGCCCUUCGAGGACGUUAUUGAUUACUCUGAGUUCUCGGUGUUUGUUCGCACCUCUGAUGCCUUGAAAGAGAACUUUCUGGUUAACUUAAUAAGGGGAAUCCCCAAAGAGGAAUGGACAAGGAUGUGGAAUAGAUUAAAGGAAGUGGAGAAGUUCUAUGAGUUUCACUUUCCGUCGAGGGUAGAUGAUGCAGUCCAGAUGAUAUGGCAAGCAAUCGCACGCAAAGUUCCGGGUCUUAAAAUGAGGAUUCAUAAGUCUCGAAGGUACUCUGGAUAUGUGUCUGAUGCAGGGAAAGAAUCAAGAUGGUUGUCGUUGAUACCUCGGAGUUUCUGGUGAAUCAGAUGUGAGACUUUUUGUUCUUCAUCUUCUCCGGAAGGCCCUUGGCACUGCUGACAUCAAAUUGUUUUUGUGUAGAGAGAGUUUUAUGUUGAUUUCUGAACCCUUUUUUUCUUCUCCAAAUCAUAGGUUAUAUAGACAGAGAGAUAAGUCGCAUUUCUCCAAAGAAAGAUAAUAAUGUUGUAAGUUGAUUUGUUAAUUGUUAAAUUUCUCAUCUCUUUUUUGGUUUCUAUGGUAAACAUAUAAACAGCUUUUACGGAUGUUAGCUUGCUUUACA